UAUUCUCUAAAACCCUACAUUUGCAUACAGAAAGCCCCAACUCAAAGCCUGCAAUCAUCUCUCUCGUCUCUCUCUCUCUCUCUCUCUCUCUCUGCCCGUACAAAUCAAUCUCCGAAAAUGCACAGGCUGUCGAGACGUUCCGUCUCCGCUAUCAUCCGCGAUGCAGCUAAUCGACACCAACCACUCUCUUCCGCAUUUACACUCAUUCAUCGUCCGUCUGGUGAGAGUGAUACAACAAAGAGAUGGUGCUCUGUGUUAGCAACUGGCAGCAAUGGUAUUGGUGUGAUAAAGCCAUUUAACUUAAAAAGUGGGCUUGUUGUGGGCCGUCGUUAUGAGUCAACUGCUGCUGCAUCUGAUGCCUCAACCCCUCCAGCUGAAAAGUUCGAGUACCAAGCAGAGGUUAGCCGUCUCAUGGACCUUAUUGUGAAUAGUUUAUAUAGCAACAAGGACGUGUUUCUUCGGGAGCUUAUCAGCAAUGCAAGUGAUGCAUUGGACAAGCUACGGUUUCUCAGUGUUACUGAUCCCCAGCUCUUGAAGGAUACAUAUGAUCUUGACAUCCGAAUCCAGACGGACAAGGAUAAUGGAAUAAUCACGCUUACAGAUACUGGAAUCGGCAUGACGCACAACGAGAUUGUUGACUGUCUUGGUACUAUUGCACAAAGUGGAACUGCUAAAUUUUUAAAAGCAUUGAAGGAUAGCAAGGAUGCUGGAACUGAUAGCAAUUUGAUUGGUCAGUUUGGUGUGGGAUUCUAUUCCGCGUUCCUUGUUUGUGAGCGGGUUGAGGUCUCAACAAAGAGCCCCAAAUCUGACAAACAAUACGUGUGGGAAGGUGAAGCAAACUCCAGUUCCUAUACCAUCCGAGAGGAGACUGAUCCUGCUAAGCUCAUUCCCAGAGGAACUCGUCUUACUCUACAUCUUAAGCGUGAUGACAAAGGUUUUGCACAUCCAGAAAAAAUCCAGAAGCUUGUGACAAAUUACUCGCAGUUCGUCUCCUUCCCAAUUUACACAUGGCAAGAGAAGGGAUACACUAAGGAGGUUGAUGUUGAUGAGGAUCCUGCUGAAGCCAUUAAGGACGAACAAGAUGGGAAAACUGAGCAGAAAAAGAAGAAGACUAAGACUGUAGUUGAACGAUAUUGGGAUUGGGAGCUUGCAAAUGAUACUCAGCCUAUAUGGCUCCGGAACUCGAAAGAAGUCACCACGGAGGAUUACAAUGAGUUCUACAAGAAGACUUUUAAUGAAUAUUUGGAACCUCUUGCCUCUUCACACUUCUCUACUGAGGGUGAAGUGGAGUUCAAGUCUAUUUUGUAUGUGCCAUCAAUAGCAGCGACAGGGAAGGAUGACAUAGUUAAUCCCAAGACAAAGAAUAUAAGGCUCUAUGUCAAACGUGUAUUCAUUUCCGAUGACUUCGAUGGUGAAUUGUUCCCACGGUACUUGAGCUUCGUUAAAGGUGUUGUGGAUUCUAAUGAUCUUCCAUUGAAUGUCUCGCGUGAAAUCCUUCAAGAAAGUCGUAUUGUGCGCAUUAUGAGGAAACGUUUGGUGCGCAAGGCCUUCGACAUGAUUCUGGGCAUAACUAUGAGCGAGAAUAGAGAUGACUAUGCAAGGUUUUGGGAGAACUUUGGCAAACACAUGAAGUUAGGCUGCAUUGAAGAUCGUGAGAACCACAAACGCAUUGCUCCACUAUUACGAUUUUUCUCAUCUCAGAGCGAGGAGGAUGUGAUCAGCUUGGAUGAAUAUGUUGAGAACAUGAAAACUGAACAGAAAGAUAUAUAUUACAUUGCAUCAGACAGUGUAACUAGUGCAAGGAAUACGCCCUUCUUGGAGAAGCUUGUUGAGAAAGAUAUUGAGGUUUUGUUCUUAGUGGAUCCUAUAGAUGAGGUUGCCAUCCAAAAUCUGAAAUCAUACAAGGAGAAGAACUUUGUUGACAUCAGUAAAGAAGAUUUAGAUCUGGGUGACAAGAAUGAAGAGAAGGAAAAGGAGAUGAAGCAAGAGUUUGGACAGACAUGUGAUUGGAUCAAAAAACGCUUAGGUGAUAAAGUUGCAAGUGUUCAAGUCUCGAAUCGUCUCAGUACAUCACCUUGUGUGCUUGCCUCUGGGAAGUUUGGUUGGUCUGCUAACAUGGAAAGGCUGAUGAAAGCACAAACAGUUGGCGAUCCCUCCAGCCUUGAGUUUAUGAGAAGUAGGAGAGUUUUUGAAGUCAAUCCAGAGCAUCCAAUCAUCAGAACCUUAAAUGUUGCAUGCAAGAGUAGUCCAAAUGACGAGGAAGCAUUGAGGGUCAUUGAUCUCUUGUAUGACACAGCUUUGAUAUCCAGCGGUUUCACUCCAGAGAGCCCAGCACAGCUUGGAGGAAAGAUAUACGAGAUGAUGAAUAUGGCUCUUGUAGGAAAGUGGGGUAGUGAUGGAUUUCAGCAGCAGCAGCAGCAGCAGCAGCAGCAGGUAAACCCCACUGAGACGAUUGAGGCUGAGGUUGUCGUUGAUCCUGUUGAAGCUGGUGCUCAGAAAUCAUAGGUUGUCGAUCCUAUGUUGAGAUUGAUUUUCAAAAUCACAGAGUAGACGUCUAUUUGUGCUGUCAGAUGAAUAAAAAAAUUACUGCAACACUUGUGUUUAUGUAAUUUUAUUCUGAUGGAGACGAUUUCACAGCAUUGUAGGCUAUUUUGCUUUCCAUUUUUAUGAGUAUGUUAUCGUUACACUUUUUCAUUUUUGUCUAUACCCCUUUCCCACAAGCUCAAACUUGGCAUGAAAGCCCCCUCAGCGAACACCCAAUUCGGGUUUUGGAUGGAUUAAAUUUGUUCUU